AUGGCUGGCGUCGGCGCGUCUCUGAGGGGCCGACUGGUCCUCAUUACCGGAUGCACGGGAGGUAUUGGACAGGCGACAGCGAAGGCCUUCGCCCGUGUCGGCUGCUCCAUCGCAGUGCACUACAACGCACAAUCCUCUGCGGCGAAAGCUGAGACCCUCAUCGCGGAGCUGAAGACACUCGCACCCUCUGACGCCCAGCCAAAGUUCGCCGCAUUCCAGGCGAACUUGUCGGGAUACGACGACGCGCGGAGGCUCUACGGCGAGGUCGUCCAGACGCUGGGCAACCCCGAUGUCCUGUUCAGCAACCAUGGCAUGGCGGGCCCGACGAUCGGGCCGAAUGGGGACAUUCGUGAUAUCAGCCCGGAGGUUUUCGAGGAGACUUGGAGGACAAACACAGGCACGCACUUUUUGCUUACGCAACUGUGUGUUCCAUACAUGGAGGAGCAGAAAUGGGGACGAGUCAUCUACACGUCAAGCGUUGCCGCUGGUAACGGCGGUGUGAUCGGCCCUCAUUAUGCAUCGUCCAAGUCUGCUCUGCACGGGCUUGUCCGCUGGAUGUCUCUCCGCUACGCGAAGUCAGGGAUUACGACGAACGCCCUCGCACCCGCGCUCAUCGAAGGUAGACAAACGAACAUGAUGUCCAACCCGACGCCUGAGGCCCGCAGCAAAAUCCCGAUUGGAAGGCUCGGCAAGCCCAAUGAGAUGGCGGACAUCGUCCUGCUUCUUGCAUCCAACGGGUACAUGACCAACAAGGCGCGUCGCCUCAUCAUCGUGGCAGACGGAGGCUGGACCAUCGGCAACUUCUAA